UCACUCCUCUCUCUCUCUCUCUCUCUCUCUCUCUCUCUCUCUCUCUCUAUCUUCUAGGGUUUCUACGACAAUGGCCGAUGAAGCCCAAUACUCAUCCGGUCCUGAUUCAGGGAACAAGCGGAAGUACGAGGAGCAAACGCCGCCGUCCACCCGCAGAGUCACCGGUUUCUCGGCCCCCAUCAAGUCAUCGUCCCCCGACUCUGCGCCAACGUCGUACAGCAGCGUUCCUCCGCCCAUGGAAGAUUUCCAGCUGGCCAAGCAGAAGGCGCAGGAGAUCGCUGCUCGGUUGUUGAACGGCGGCGAUGCUAAGCGUGCUAGGGUUGAGAAUGGUGGUUCCGACUCUUUUGACAAGGGCUUUAGCUCUGGUCCGCCAGAUCCAAAGCCUCACUUCUCAAACCCAGCUCCUUCUUCGAUCCCUGUAUCUUACGGUGGGUUCGUGGGACCAAGCAAAAAGAUUGAGGUUCCCAAUGGCAGGGUUGGUGUCAUAAUUGGUAAAGGUGGGGAGACUAUCAAGUAUCUACAGACUCAGUCAGGCGCCAAGAUUCAAGUUACCCGAGAUUCUGAUGCGGACCUCAAUUUUCCAACUAGGAUGGUGGAGCUCAUGGGUACUCCGGAGCAGAUUGCGAAGGCCGAGCACUUGAUAAAUGAUGUUCUUGCUGAGGCUGAAUCAGGAGGUCCUGCCAUAGCUUCUCGAAGGUUAACUGUACAUACUGGUGGUGAACAAUAUGUUACGAAAAUUCCUAACAACAAGGUUGGGCUUGUAAUUGGUAAAGGAGGGGAAACAAUAAAAAGUAUGCAAGCUGGGUCUGGAGCUCGUAUCCAGGUUAUUCCCUUGCAUCUGCCACCUGGUGACCCAUCAACAGAAAGGACGCUACAGAUUGAUGGUACUACUGAGCAAAUUGAAGCUGCAAAACAGUUGGUAGCUGAAGUUAUCAGUGAGAACCGUGUUAGAAAUCCAGUAAUGUCUGGAGGAUACUCUCAGCAAGGUUAUCAAGCACGACCUCCCUCAGGAUGGGCUCCUUCUGGUCCCUCAAUGCAACAACCUAGUUAUGGAUAUGGACAGUCUGGAGGGUAUUCUGCUCCACCACAUCAGUAUAAUGCGUCUCAGCCUUCUUACCCAGGCUAUCCUCCUCAACCAACAUCUGGUGGCUAUCCGUCCAGUUGGGACCAGUCAGCUGCUGCGCCAACCCAGCAGACUUCCCAGGGUGGUGGUUACGAUUAUUAUGGCCAGCAACAACCUUCACAUCAGCAGCAAAAUCCUGGAGGUCCUGCUGCUCCUGCUGCUUCUGCUGAUGGUGCUGGUUACAAUUAUGGCCCACCGCCAGUUUCAGGCUAUAAUCAACAAGGACAAGGAUAUACUCAAGAUGGCUAUGGUGGAUAUCAUGCACCACCUCAAUCUGGGUACGGUCAGCCACCGGCAUAUGAUCAACAGCAGGGUUAUUCUGCAGCAGGCUAUGGUAAUGUGAGUAACCCACCUCAAGAUGGGCAUACACCCUCUUAUGGAUCUCAGGGGGAUUCAGCUCAGGUGCCUCCUGCUCAGCAAGGAUACAAUGCCGGUCAACAGCCUAGCCCUAACCCUGCUGGUUACCCACCCCAAGGUUCUACUCAGCCAGGUUAUGGAGCACCCCCAACUUCUCAAACUGGUUAUGGAAGCCAACCACCGGCUCAGCCUGCAUAUGGAGCUGGAUAUGGAGCACCACCAGCACAAAAGCCUCCUGCAAAUCCUGCAGUUUAUGGGCAAACUGCUCAGUCCCCCAGCACUCCAGGAGGCUAUGGCCAGCCAGCACCUGUGCAGCCAGGAUACCCGCAUUCUCAGCCUCCAGCUUCUGGAUAUGCUCAGCCAGAUCCUGUUACCCGUCCCCCUACAUCUGGCUACGGUGCUGCAGCACCACAGACCGGAUACGGGCCUCCAUCCUAUGGCGCACCACCAGCUGGCCAGCCAGGAUAUGGGCAGGUGCCACCACCCUACAACGCAUCUUAUGGUGCUGGAUAUGCACAACCUCCUCCCUACUCUGCUGAUACCAGCACGAAUGGGAACGCUCGUGGGACCUAUGAUGCUCCGCCACCUGCUUCACAGACUGCCCCCCCAAGUGGAGUUGCCAAAACUUCCCCUCAGAGUUGAUGUGUUAUGGCGUUUUGGGUAAUUGGUGAUGUUUCGUUGUAUUUUCUGUAGUAGUAAGGCUAGUGAGGUUAGUAUUUGGUGAACAUUGUACUUAUGUUUUCGGUAUUUCGGAUCUGUGAGGAUUUGGUAAUUGCAAGAACUUGUUGAAUGUAUUGAUUUCUAUGCAAAUUUUCUCGUUUUAUGUUUC